UUCACACUUCAAGAUACAGAACGAUCUGGUUUGUUUGUGCAUGGACAAAAUCUGCUGCCAUGAGUGAAUGAAUAAGCCGGUCAGAAAGGGGGUUGCCACAACGACCGAUCCCUAACACACCAUCUCGAACCUGUGCUUAACUCUGCCAGGAAAACCAUCAGCCACCUCUCUUCCUCAAGACAAAGACGCCGUGUUUUGAGUUUUAUGAAGAAUCAGAAGCCAGCGACCCAGGAACCAAGAACUAUGUUUUAGGAGAGCUUUGUACAGGCACAAAAAGCGAACAUGCCAUCCAAGCGCUUUCAAAAACACACCGCUAAGAAAUCUAGACUCUCUGACUCCCUGAACAGCCAACGCUGGCGGUUCCUGCAGAACGGCCUGGAUGAUUUCAGAUACGACUUUCCUCCUCUGUGUGAUCAUGUCCUCAUUCAACAUACGAAGUGGUCUGAUCCUGCAAUCCUGCCUGGGAUCAGGGAAGACCUCAGCAGCGCACAGCAGAAGGCCGCGAGGAUGCUAAGAAGGAAGCCCCAGGGCUCCGUCUCCAAGCUCAGCCCAAGGAUGGUCGCCAGGAUGGGCUGCGUCAUGGAGACGGAGGACUGCCUCACCCAACAUCCCUUCACAUUUUAUCCUCAUCUGGAAGAAAGCAUCUCUCUGGAGCUUUUCAAGGACGUUGUUAGCAUCCUGGACCCUGACAUGCUUCAAAUGAGUGAAGAAGGGGACAGAGAGACUAAACCGGAACACUGCAUACUCCCUGCCAUUCAGUCUCCACUGGAAAGGAAAAGAAGCAAGCAAACAAAGUCCAGGAUGACCAGUUGGAAGGCCCCUGGAGGCAAGGAUCCGUACACAUGGUUCUCCAAAAAAGAGGUCGCAGCAAGAGAAAGGGAAGCCAAGUUGAAUUAUAUUCCUCCCCUCAGUGAGAAUGUGAAACAAGCCACAAGGGAGUUGUGCAGCUGGCUUGAUUCUUUGGGAGGAGAAAAACAUGAUAUUGAUGAAGCCGCCAUUAUAAGUCUGUUUGAUGCAAGUUAUGAGACUGAGCCACCUGGCGCCCUUUCGGUACACGUUGUGGAGUGGAAUGACUUACCCAUAGAGUUGCAGAUGUCUGCUGGGAUUUCUCCACCACAGGUCACAACAAAAUGGGCUGCUCAGCAAGACAGGCGUUCUGAGGAAUCUUGCCGUACGAGGUGGGAGAAGACCCGAUAUGGCGCCUGGUACUUGGAGCCCAAGACUUGGAAAAAAAUGAAAGCGAACAAACCUUUAGAACACCCUAAUUCAAAGGAUGAAAGGAUCAAGAAUUCCAGGGGGCCAUUAGGUGGAAAGGAUGCUGAGACCAUGCAGCUUCAUGGGGUUCAUGCUUUUAAGGAAUUUCUUGGGAAGAAAGGCUACCAUAUCCCAGAGUUCCUGAAUCAGAUGCUGGCUGCAGAAGAGCCUCCAGCUAGACCAAAAGCAGGCAUUCUUAAGUGUUGCCUGAAUGAAUUCUGGAGACGUGAAGAGCUGCAAGAAGACAACCCACUAGCAACAGAGAAUGAACACUUGAACUCCUCAAGGCUCAAGGGAUGAGAGGCUCGCUGUAGCUUAGCCUAAUGCCUUAUCGGAGAAGGAGCCUUGUGGUGCAAUUGGGUCAUUUGCAUCAGGCUCUUUCGGGCCCAUCCGGAUAUUUCGAUUGGGUCAGAACUGGGUCAAGAUGUUACACCUCGUGAGCCAGAAGGAACUGCCUCCCCCUUGUUCGAAGAAAAAAAGUCAACCCAUGUGACAAAGACAGCAGAAAAGAGGAAGACCAAACAGGAGAUAACAUAGGUUGACCUGAAGAGGUCUAUUCAUGACAAGACCUUUUUGAGGUCACUAACACAGAGGGUUGCUGGAACUGUGAAGUGGCUUGGCAGCGUAGAACAGCGAAAAUAUCAACAAGUAACAAGUAACCUGAAGAGGGGAUAGGCCAAUGGAUGGCCAGGUGGUCUUGGGUACCUCAUCCUCUCUUGUCUUUCCUAAAGGGCCAUCCUGUGAUCUAUCAAGGUGUGGUUGCUGUUUUCCUUUCAUUAGAAGGAAGCAAACUGGCCAGUGCCUCACGUUGGCGGUCCUCCAUUAGGGCUCCUGGCAGACCUUCAUGCAUGGAAGUCAACUUUAGGGGUUUAAUUAACCUUUGGGAUUUUAUUCCCUCAUGAUUUCAAAAUGGAUUUCACACAAAGUAAUAAAUGUAAGUUUUCUGUUAA